CAUCGGUCACUCUCAAUGCUCACCACACCUUAACAAGGGGCUUCAUGGCGACUUCCCCAUUUCCCAUUCCCACCAACCUCUGCUGCACCACCGCCAUGAAGCGAUGCCUGAGCUCCGACAUGGCGGCGGAAGAAAGCUACUGCCUGAGCUGGCGGGUCGCCGUGGAGGCCAACAAUGCCCGCGGCUGGCGUACGGUGCCGUCGGAGUGCGUCUGCCACGUCGAGAGCUACAUGCUCGGAGGUCAGUACGAGAGCGACGUCGACGCCGUGGUCGAAAACGUCACGGCUUACCUCGACGGCGUCGUCGCGGCUGACGACGACAAGGACGUGUGGCUCCUCGACGUGGACGACACCUGCCUUUCCAACCUUCCUUACUACAGGGGGAAGCACUUUGGGGGAGACGCUUUCGAUUCCACGGCAUUUAGGAAUUGGAUUCUGAGAGGAGAUUGUCCUGCAAUCCCUGCAGUCCUCAGGCUUUAUGAGAAGCUGAUGGGAAGAGGAUUCCAAGUCUUUCUUGUCACUGGGAGGGAUGAAGAGGUCAUGGGCUCAUCCACAGCUGAGAACUUGGCUGCUCAAGGGUUUGUUGGGCAUCAGAGGCUGAUCAUGAGAGGUCCCAGAUUCAGAGGACAGGGUGCAGUGGCCUUCAAGUCAGCUAUCAGAAGGCAGCUGGUGGCAGAGGGAUACAGGAUCAGAGGAAAUGUUGGAGAUCAAUGGAGUGAUCUUUUGGGAGAUUGCGUUGGGGAUCGCACAUUUAAGAUUCCAAAUCCCAUGUACUUUGUCCCAUGAAAUAUUUUGCUGUUUCGAUUCAACAAGUUCCAACUCCAAGAGCUUGGCUGCUUGAAUUAUCUUGGGAAUGUAAGUGGGGAUUAGAUGAGCAAAUUGCAGAGUAGAGAUUUGGAAUUA